CUGACCUGAAAAAUGGUGUCCCAAAGGUUUUCCUUGACCCUACUUUUUCUCUUGGCAACCUUAAUCACAGUUGCUAAUGGAAACGACAAUAGAAAGCUAUUGACAUCUUACAAAUAUUCUCCUCCUCCGCCCCCGGUAUAUCCACCUCCCGUUAAUCUUUCUCCUCCUCCUCCUCCUCGACCUCAAGCCGCUGCUUACUACAAGAGAUCUCCACCGCCGCCACCACCCUCUAAAUAUGGAAGAGUUAAUCUUUCUCCUCCUCCACCCCCGGUUAUUCUUUCUCCUCCUCCACCUCCGGUUCCUCUUUCUCCUCCUCCACCCCCGGUUAUUCUUUCUCCUCCUCCACCUCCGGUUCCUCUUUCUCCUCCUCCACCCCCGGUUAUUCUUUCUCCUCCUCCACCCCCGGUUCCUCUUUCUCCUCCUCCACCCCCGGUUCCUCUUUCUCCUCCUCCACCCCCGGUUCUUCUUUCUCCUCCUCCACCCCCGGUUCCUCUUUCUCCUCCUCCACCCCCGGUUCCUCGUUCCCCUCCUCCACCCCCGGUUACUCGUUCCCCUCCUAAUGCUCUUCCUCCUCCUCCUCGACCUCAAGCCGCUGCUUACUACAAGAGAACUCCACCACCACCACCUUCUAAAUAUGGAAGAGUUUAUCCACCUCCUCCUCCUCGACCUCAAGCCGCUGCUUACUACAAGAGAACUCCACCGCCACCACCCUCUAAAUAUGGAAGAGUGUAUCCACCACCUCCUGCCGGAAAAUCAUGGUUGUGGUUCUUGAAGCUCUAAGAAGCAUGCAAGCGGCUCAGAAGAAGACAUUAAUAUUCUACCAUGUGUAUAUUAUUCACUGAUGGAUUGUUUUCUGAAAUAAUUUUUCCUAAGAGUGCACUAGCGUUUAACUUUGUUUUGACUUUUGACUGUCUCUCAGCUUCUCGCGGUUUUGUAGUGUUAGCUUCUUCUGUUUUUAUAACCUUCGUUUUAUUGUAUAUUUGUAUUGUAAAAAUUUCUGACUAAAGAUCAAAUGGGCAGUCUUUCAAUUAUUGAUUGGGGACUUCGUUUA